CGUGAACGUUAGUCAUGACGUCAUAAGUGAAGCUCUCGCCGCGACUAUAACGAUCGUAGUUGAUAUAUGGAACGCCCAAAAGUGUAUUUCAGGCGCCGUGUACGCUUCGUGGAAUGCAUCGAUGCUGUACCAAAUCAAAUUAAUUUGUGUCUGUGACAGGAACUUUGAAGGUUAUGGUAUUAAACAUUUUUAUUAUCGUUAAUGACUGAAUAAAAUAAGGAAAUAUUGCUAACAUUUCCUAAAGUAACAAAUCAGGUGCAAAUAUGGGUAUAAUAUUUGGUAAAAAGAAGAAACUUACUAGAGUCACAGAACAAGAUAAAGCUGUACUUCAAUUGAAGCAACAAAGGGAUAAACUAAAACAGUACCAAAAGAAAAUUGAAUUUACAUUAAGUACAGAUAGAGAAAUAGCGAAAAAGCUACUUAACCAUGGUCAGAAAGAUAGAGCAAAAUUAUUAUUGAAGAAAAAGAGAUUUCAAGAACAACUACUGAUCAAGUUAGAUGGACAACUAGAAAAUCUUGAAAAACUAGCUAGUGAUAUAGAAUUUUCACAAGUAGAAAUUCAGGUGAUAGAGGGUCUAAAAAGUGGAAAUGAUGCUCUCAAGAAAGUCAAUGAAUCUAUUAUUAUUGAGGAUAUUGAACGUAUAUUAGACGAAACAAAGGAAGGAAUUGACAAACAAAAUGAAAUUAAUGAACUACUUAGUGGCCAAUUAACUGAAGAAGAUGAAGCUGCUGUAGAAGAAGAGUUAGCAGCUAUAAUCAAUGAAGAGAUGCCUGCAGUGCCUUCUGAACAACCUCAGAUGGAAACACAUGAAGAUGAAGAAAUACUUGAAAAAGAGAAUAAACUACCAGAAAAGCUAAAAAAGACCAAAGAGAAAGAACGAAUUGCUGUUCUUGUCCAGUAACUAGUACCAGAAUUUUCAAAUAUCAAUGUUUUUAUGUAAAGUUAUUUUAAUAUCAAAAUAUAUUAUAAAUAUAUAUCAAUACUUUUCGUUUUGCCAUUUCUAGCAUUGAAGCAUUGAAGCCAAUAAAAUGUCAGUAUUUAGUAAAAUUUGUAAUAUAUAUAUAUAUUACAAGUAAUGAGUAAUCUAAAUGUAAAUUUAGAUCUAUUUUUCAUUUAUAGCUUUUUCGUUCUUAUAAUUUUGAACCAUUUCUAAAAAUUCCCCUUUUCAUGUAUUAGAUACCGUUUCAAGUAUCUUUAUAAUUGCAUUUGGUUUUUUUUUUAAAUUUUAUGAUUCGUUAAUGCAGUUCUAUUUUUUUUUUAUCGUAUUGAUGACCUCUUAGUCAAUUUUCUAAAUACUGAGAGGCUUGCCCUAUGUAGACAGCCUCACAAUUAGUACAAGGCACUUAAAAUAUAUUAUUACUUCUUUUGUUUUUUGAUGUUCUAGAUUUUAGUUUAGUGAAAUAUUUGGAUAAUGUAUUAUGUCCUCUAUGACUUAUACUAAUAUCAUAUUUAUUGAAAUAAUUCGAUAAUUGUUGGGAAAGUCCUUGUAAAUAUGAUAAGGAAAAAUGUUUUAUGUUUUGAUGUUUCGUUUCAGUUUUGUUUUUAAAUUGAUUGUAGUAUCUGUUUAUCCUUUUCUUGAAUAUGUCAUUUAUAAUUUUUUCCGGAUAAUUAUUUUCUUUCAAUGCAGUUUUUGCUUUUUGAAUAGCUAAGCAUCUAAAUUCAGGAUCUGAUAGUUGGAUAGAUCUAUCAGCCAAACUUAUUAUCACUGAUCUUUUUUGUGACAUAGGAUGUCUUGAUGUCACAUUAUAUGAAAUUAACAAUAAUAUAAGAACAGAAUGAUAUACGAAACCAACUUGGUCCUCAAGAUAUUUAAACAUCAAUUCGUGUCAAACUAUGAAAGUGGCUUCAAUAUUCGUUGGGUCACUUUUGGUCCCUUUGCAUAUCUAAUGAGAUUUUAUUACUCUAUACCUUUCUGAAAUGAACUAUAGGUUACUCGUAUAUGACAAUAAAACUAGAACCACUAUACAAAUUUCAGAACCUAAUUUCGAUCCUAAAUUAUUAACGUAUUCAAGGAAUUUACUUCGAAAAAUAAACUUUUUGCUAUAAAUAUGGAUCGAUUAGAUUACAAUAUACUUAACUUAUAAUAGUUCACUUAUAAAUUUCACUUGAAUAAUUUUUGCGAUUACUUUUAUCAACUUGAUCUUUCCAUUACAACUAUUUGUUUAAAACUAAACUAACUGCGUUUACACAAAUCAUUUAUUAUAUACCUCAAUAAAAUUCUAUAAAGUUCUAGAGCAAAAAAAACAAUAGAAAUACAUAAACAGAAAUUAUUUAGAAGAAUUACUGUGAAUAAACCGCCUGUUGCUAAGAAAAUUAUAUAUAAAUAAAAAUAGAAAGAGGUUCGAGAUGGAGAUAGAGCUAAAGUGGGCAAAAAGCCACGUAAAUCUGUAGAAUAUAAAUAUGUUUAUCAGCAAAAUUGUUCAAAUAUGUGAUUAAAAAUGACAUUUUUUUUUGAAAAUUUAUUUUAGAAUAAAAAAAAUCUCAUACCAACUAGUUUAUUCAUAAAUUUAAAAAUAUUUACUUAUACAAUAUAAUAAUAAUAUUUAUUGCAUUUGUACAGUUUGAAAUUUGGAUGGAUAAUGUCUUCUUAAAAUCUAAUCUUGCUUAAAAAUAAGGGAUUAUAUUAUUGGUAUUUGUUUAGGACAAGUACAUAAAAUGUAAUAAAAUAGUAUAUGUUUGUGUAGACUGUAAAAACCCUGAAUUAUACAAUGAAUAACAAUAGAAAUUAAAAUAUAGUGAAGAGACAAGAUAUUUUUAUAUUUAAUAUAUACAUUAUACAGGGUGGGUUACAACAAUUAUAAAACUUAUUUUUCUUCGUGAUAAUGAGCUUAUAGUCUAUAGUAUUGUAAUAUUAAAGCCAGGAAAUCUGUAAAAAUAGUGAUGAUCUAUGUAUUUCAGGGGCGCUUUACAACAAUAAAAAUUUCUAAUAUCCCAAAUCAUAUAAACAACUCACAAAACUAUGCUAUAAAUUUAAGAGAAAACUACACCUUUAACGGUAGCAACUGUUCAGAAGGUUCUUCUUCUGUAACUAUUGUUCCAGCAAUGAGUUGAAAUUGUUCAUCUUCUGCCUUCAUUUUCUGAUUGUAUUUUGAUAUGUCCUAAGUUUGUUAGAUUUGGACUACCUCCCAAAAUCGAUUCCUCCUCAUUUUUUCAUCUAAGUCGAAAAAUAAAAUUUCCUAGUUUAUUAGUUGGUGAAAUAACGAAUUACCAAGUACAAAAUAAUAUUAAUAUAAAUGCCAACCUUCUGAGAAAAGGUUUUUCUCUAGAGGUUGAAGGGAUCGAGUCAAAAUGUACGGUCAUUGUAGUAUUUUGUAAAUUUAAAUCCUUCAGGUAAUGUUCAUGAAGUUCUACCGUUAGUUCAGUAUCCACAGCUGGUGCAUCUGUACUAGUAUCUAAAAAUUCGAUUAAUAAUUAACAAAAAUUAUUUUACUUCAAGCACAUUAACAAACUGUACAAUCUAUUUUUUCCUCACAUCAAUAUCUUCACUGCUUAAUCUUUUCUUUUCCAUGGACCUCCUUUCUUGUACUUUUUUUUGUAAAUGUUUGGGAAAUUAAAAACAAAAGGGACUGCUCCUCCUUUUAAAAUUCUAUUCUCGUGUACAUUAACUUCAAAGUCUUAUUUGGUAAAGUGUUUUUCACAAAUUCCUGUAUAGUCACUUGGUUUAAAAUUGUCUCUUCUUAUAGCCACUAGCCAUUUAUGCCUAAGGUCGGGAUUUUUUGGUAUUAUAAAAUGAAGGUACAUAAUAAUUUUUGGUUGCAAUGAUUAAAAAAUAUUAAUUUUUAUUUGGAGAAAAAAAUUAAUACUGAUGUUAACAUUCUUACUUGAAAAAUUUCAAAUCUGCACAUUUCUUCCUUCUAGCCAUACAGCUCAUAGCACAACAAGAUUGAAUCAUUUUCAAACCUCAAACUUGAACUUAAAAAACAAAAUAUUUCUCUGAAUGCAAUAAAAUACAAAA